AAAUAUGUCAGUCUAAAGAGCAAUGAGUUAGAAGAGCAGACACGUGGACUUGAGGGGCAGACAGUUGAUUUGCUGACACUUUUUUCCACAAGCAUCCAGAAGAGCUGUUACUUUGAAGACUACUAUUUUGUUACAUUUGCCUUGAAUCUGGACACAUUACACGUUUUGACAGAAAAGACGGUGCAGUGUUUUGUUCUGUCAAAUCCACAGGAGAUAUAAUUUCUGUUUGUGUCGGACUAUGGCCAUGUCGGCUGACAGACUGAGCAGCGUGUCAAAGGAGGUGAAGCCAGAGAGUGUGUCGCUGUAUCCUCUGGGCACAGCAGCUGCCCCUGAGCAGGAGCUGCUGUGUAUCUUUGGGACGGGAGACUUAGGGCGCUCUCUGGGCCAGCGUCUGCUUCAUUCUGGCUACAAGGUGGUGUACGGCAGCCGCAGACCUCACAGCUGUGGCCCCUUGCCUCAGGGAGCUCAGGCAAUGAGCCACGAGGCAGCAGCCCAAUCAGCCAGUCUGGUCUUUCUUUGUAUUCACAGAGAACACUAUGACUUCCUGGAAAAACUUGCACCUCAACUCCAGGGAAAGGUGCUGGUGGACGUCAGCAACAACCUCAAGAAGAAUCUAUACCCAGAGGCCAAUGCUGAGUGUCUGCAGAGGCUGAUCCCUGGAGCUCAUGUGGUGAAGGCUUUCAACACCUUGUCUGCGUGGGCCCUGCAGAAUGGACCCUCAGAUGCCAAUAGACAGGUGUACCUGUGUGGAAACGGUGCUGAGGCAAAGCAGGCAGUAGCAGAGGUGGCCACCAAACUUGGCUUUGCUGCUUUGGAUAAAGGUUCUCUGUCAGCAGCCAAAGAGCUGGAGGACUUCCCACUACAGCUGUUCCCAGAAUGGAGGAUGCCGCUAUGCGUGGCUGUCGGCCUCACUGCCUUCAUAUUUGUCUAUGUAGUCAUUAGAGAUGUUGUCUAUUCGUAUGUUGAACAGGGGAAAGACAACUCCUUUAGAAUCAUGGUGUCCCUGGCCAACAAGGUGUUUCCCAUUGUGUCUCUCAUCAUGUUGUCUCUGUGUUACCUGCCUGGUGUCAUAGCUGGCUUCAUUCAGCUCUACAGAGGCACCAAGUACAGGCGUUUUCCUGACUGGUUGGAUCGCUGGAUGCUGUGCAGGAAACAGCUGGGACUGGUAGCACUUGGCUUUGCUUUUCUACAUAUGGUCUACACUCUCAUCAUCCCCAUAAGAUAUUAUGUGAGAUUCCGGCUUUCUGCAAAAACCAUCUCACAGAUCAGGGAGAACCAAACUUCAGUGUUUGACACCACCAUGGCCUGGCGUUCAGACUCUUACUACUCUAUGGGGAUUCUGGGAUUUGGCCUGUUUCUCCUGUUGGGAAUAACCUCUCUCCCAUCUGUCAGCAACGCUCUCAGCUGGAGGGAGUUCAGCUUCAUACAGUCCAAGCUGGGAUACCUGACAGUGUUCUUCUGUACCCUUCACACCUACCUGUACGGCUGGGCCGGGUUCCUUCGUUCCUACAAAUGGCACAUGCCUCCGGCCUACAUGCUCGCUCUGGUGUUGCCUUCUGUGUUGAUAGUGCUCAAGCUCCUGCUCCUCCUGCCCUGUGUGGACCGCAGCCUCACCCGCAUUCGACAGGGCUGGGAGAGGACUGAUACGCAGGACGGCAGUGAGAAACCACUGCUAACAUAGAGACUAUGACAGACACAAAAACAAUGGUAUGCACUGAAAAAGGCCAACACAAAGACACCACAGUGACUUGCCUUCUAAGAGCUCUAUUAUCAGAUAACCCCAGCUCAUUGUUUUGGACGUCACAGAUCCAAUUUACACGUAUUGUUCUGCUCUCUAUUGUCAACAUAGUCAACAAAGGCAAUUGAUUGAAACUCCUUUUAGUCUCUCUUUGUGUAAUCAUCUUGGAAUUGUUCCAUUUUUUAAACAUAGUAUAUGAUACAAUGUGUAUGCUUUUAUCAGUUAUACAAAUACCUUAGAGCAUUAAUCUCAAAGUAGGGUCCAGGGACCCCCAGUGGUCUGUGGCACUCUGCCAGGGGGUCCUUGAAAGGUUUUCAGAUUAAUUCUAAAUUAAUUUAAAUCACCAUGACACUUUCUUUCUUUUUACAAAAAGCUUCAUAGCUCAACGAACUGAUUUAUAAUACAAAUUAUAAAAAUCAAGAUUUAUAAUAGUUAAUAGAUUACGCACCAAACUAACAAAUCUAUAACUCGUAUAAUCUGCAAAUAUGUUUAAAGGAACACGCCGAUUUAUUGGGAAUUUAGCUUAUU